UUUCUGCGGCAAUCUCUGCUGGAAACCGGCGGAAUUCCGCUGAAAGCUUUUUUUUUUGCCUCUAGUGUAGUAACAUUACUAUUAACAUUAUGCUUUGUGGCGGUCUUCAGAGGUAAACCCAACCUGCUGGACAUGGGUUCUCUGCUCAUCAAACCGGUCCAGCGGGUCAUGAAGUACCCUCUGCUGCUGGGGGAGCUAUGGCAGGCCACGCCCAGCGACCACCCUGACAACAGGCCCCUCCAGGAGGCCCUGACCGCCGCCAAGAUCAUCAACGUCAACAUCAACGAGUUCAAGAGGAGGAAGGACAUCGUGAUGAAGUACAAGAGGACAGAGGAGGAUGGGGGGACACUGAUGGGUAAACUGAACAAGUUCAGCAUCCACUCUAUCAGGAAGAAGUCUGACAGGCUCACAGGACACCUCAAGAUCCUCACCGGUGUGGAGCCACAGGUGAGAGAUGAGAUAUUUGACAAGGAGGAGAAGCUGUUCAGGAGUCUGGAGAAAGCAGUGAGAAACUAG